CAUCGUACUUGUGCUCAGUUGUCAGUUGAGUUUCAUGAAGGGCAACGAAGACGUUUACCACGAGGACGCAGUACAAUUCGCUGAUUUCGAGUGGGCUUUUGGACUGAACCGUCUAAGCUUAGAUCUGAUUGGCGUGUGGCCGCGUGAGAACCAAGAAGAUGAUUUUUUACGAAAUACACGGAUUCCCUUCAUGAUUUCGUGGAUGAUGUUCGGACUCUUCCUGCCGCAGAUUUAUGCAUUAACGAAGGUUUAUCAGCAUUUGCCGCUCGUUGUUGACAAUCUGAUUACCAGCUGUGCUGCGCUUGUUUCAAGCACAAAGCUCUUCAUGAUAUGGCGAAGACGGAAAGUACUCCAGCAGGUAGUCAGCAGGACAGCAAGCGAUUGGUCGCGAGAAAAAACCAAAGUGGAGCGCAAAACGAUGUUAAAGCAAGCAGCUCGUGCUCGUCUUUUCACGAUGUCGGGUUACGCAGUGAUGUUUGCUUGCGUCCUGGGUUUCACCACUUUGCCAAUGUUCGGUUUAAGUAUUCGAGUGAUCAACAACAUCACAGACGGACGACGAUACUUCCCUCUGCAAUCGAGUUAUCCAUACGAUGCCGAGAAGUCGCCUUACUUCGAGUUGACUUACUUGUCGCAGCUGAUUGCCGGUGGAUUCGUCGGAGUUUCGUUCUCCGUGCCGGACAACUUCUUCGGAGCGUUGGUGUUUCACGCGUGCGCGCAGUGUGAGAUACUGGAGCGGAGACUCGUCCAAGUGAUGGCCUGCGGCAAUAAGCAAACGAUCAAGCUUCGGCUUCGAAGCUUGGUGAAGAUGCACGUCAAACUCAUUCGUUUCGUCAACGCAGUAGAAAUCUCCUUUAACAUACUGAUUCUGGCCCACAUUACAUGCUUGUCAGUAAUCAUCGGCUGCAUGGCAUAUUCGUUUAUAAGAUCUGUUGAGAACGACGCCGAAAAUCCGCCACUCAUUCAAGUUCUUACCCUCGCGGCUUCACUCGUGAAUUUGAUGAUGCACAUGUUUGUCUACUGCAUCGCCAGUGAAAUCCUCGUCAAUAACAGUUCGAAAUUUGUCGAAGCUAUUUAUCAAGCUACCUUUUACUUGUACUCGGGGGCAUACGCAAAGGACGUUACCAUAAUAAUGAUACGCUCACAAUCGCCGCUUCAACUUACGGCGGGAAAGUUUUUCUCCCUGUCGCUGAAUACUUACCUAAAGUUUUUAAAAAAUACAGGUGCUUAUAUAUCCAUGUUAUUAGCAGUCAGCAGUCAAAAUAAUUGAUUGAGAAUACGUCACAAAAUCCUCGAAAGUCAGAAAGUCAGAAAAAUCCACAAUAUUAAUAGUAUAGAAAUAAAUUAUUUGUCACGUACCGUUGAGAAACUAAUAAUAAAUAAAUAAUAUAAAACUCUGAAAGUAACA